AGGAAAUAGAUAUUAUGGAAAAAUUGCUUGUUACAACUUGUGUGUCUUUCGUCCAUGCCUUUGCCAGCUAGGCCUUCCCUGGUACCAAUCCACACUUUUCUGAGUGAAGAACUUCUCAAGAAACGUUUCAACACCACGGCUCGCGCGACGUCAUAACGUCCCUUGCGUGUGGGUGUGACUGAACGGUUCCAGUAAGAUGGCUGCGAAAAGGGAGAGUGAUUGAGAAAUAUAAGCAACGUUUGUUUAUGACUGGCAGAAUACUGCGGUGGACAACUUCACCAGAGGAUUAGUGAUUGAAUGAACGUCCUCGCCAGCCAUUGGUGUAUGCCCGUUUUUGUUUCAUGAAGAGGCACAUUGUUGGACGUGAGAAGAAUUGAUUUGCUCAUUGCCCUUCUCGGGCAGAAAUCUCUGCUCAGCAACCAGUGAAACGUUGAAAAAUAUACUGGAUAUAAAGCAGGUCGUUGGUGACAGCAAGUGACCACAGCGUAGCACCAGACGGAGGCAGUGAGCGGUGAAGAGCACGACAUUGAGAGUCCUGCAGGGACCCGAGAAGAUGAGUCAGAGCCCUUGAGACCGCGUGGAGCUUUAGCUUGCCACACCAAACCUCAGCUUUAGAGUGUGUCUGUGUGAGAAUGGAGUGGUGUAGGCUGCAGGCUGGAUGACAGGGUCUGCAGGGAGUUCUCGUCACCCCCGUACCCCCACUGCACCACCUCGUCUGAACGCUACUACCCCCCCUCAGCGUUGCUGACAGCGGUCAAGAGGCGACGGCGACCAUCCCUUCCUUCUCCUCUUCCUCCUCCCCCCACCUCCUCCCCCUUGGCUACGGCAUUGCACCCUCCACGGCAAGGCAGCCCUCCCCUCCUUUUCUCCUCUCUUAUCCCCUCUAGACCGUCUUGAAGGACGCUCCAACCUUCUCCUUUCUGGGGUUCCCCUCCCCAUUCUUCCCAGUUCUCCCCCUCCCCUCUUUUCCCCUCCUUUCUCCCAGUUCUCUCCCUUCUUUACUCCUCUUUUUCAUUUCUCCUGUUCUUGUUCUCCUCCUUCUUUCUCCUCUCUACCCUCCUUCCUCUUCUCUGUCUCUGUCUCCUUCCCCCUCGGUCUCCUCCUCCUCCUCCUCCGUUGUGAGUGUGUGAGGGCAGGAUGAGCUGGCUGAGUCGACUGAACCCGCGGGCCGGUGGCUCCCGUUCGGGCCGGAACGCUGCCCCCUCCAGCCCCUGCACUGCCGACCCGGAGACCUGCCUCAUGGUCUUCCAGAACCACUGGAGACAGGUGUCGGGCGUUUUGGAGCAGCAGAUCAGUGGUGGUGCGGACGACCUGACGGCGGUGCGCAACCACACGGACCAGAUGCUGUGCCUGCUGGCGGAGGAGCGCCCCCAGGAGCCCCUGGACCAGGAGGGCCUCCUCUCCUCCUCCGUCUCCUCCAACACCUCCUCCCUGUCCUCCGUGUCGUCCGCCUCUGCCUCCUCCACAGCGGGCCCCAUCCUGGAGUUUGUGGUGUCGGAGCGUGUUCUGGAGCGGCUGGUGGAGUGGCACGUGCGGCGCGGCCUGGACCCCGACAGCCAGGGGGCGCUGCUCAAGCUCUUCGAGAUGCUGAUCGGCCAGUCGCAGCAGUCGCUGCUGCGCCACGCCGCCGUGCUGCAGCCGCUGCUGGGCCUGCUGGCCGCCUGCGCCGACCCGCAGAUGGGGGGAUGCCCGGCCCAUCUGGAGGCCAGCCUGGUGCUACUGCUAAACCAGGUGUGUGUGUGCAUGGCGCGGGAGCCGAAGGUGCUGGAGCUUCUCUUCCAGACGACGAUGACGACGACGUCCCUGGCGAUGGCCCCGCAGGGCCCCACCAACCUGCUGAUCUUCUCUCUGCUGGUGCCCUUCAUUCACCGGCACGGGGCGCUGGGCCAGCAGGCGCGCGACGCCCUGCUCCUGGUCAUGGCCACCUCCGCCACCAACCAGGCCGUGGCCCAGUACAUCAGCGAGAACUCCUACUUCUGCCCGGUGCUGGCCACGGGCCUAAGCGCUCUCUACUCGUCCCUGCCGCGGAAGAUCGAGGUGCGGGGCGACGACUGGCACGCUCUGCGGCGCGAGGACUGGAUGGGCGAUUCCAACCUGGUGCUCUUCAUGAACUCGCUGGAGUUCUGCAAUGCCGUGGUGCAGGUGGCCCACCCACUGGUGCGUUGCCAGCUGCUGGAUUACCUUCACAACGGCUUCCUGGUGCCAGUCAUGGGCCCAGCCCUCCACAAGUCCUCUGUGGAUGAGAUGAUUGCCAGCACGGCGUACCUGGACCUCUUCCUGCGCAGCGUCACGGACACCUCGCUCCUCAAGACCUUCCUGCGCUUCAUCCUGCUGCAUCGCCACGACAACGACACCAUCCUCGACACACUGCUCACGCGCAUCAGCAGCAACUCGCGGUUGUGCAUGGUGUCCCUCAGCCUCUUCAAGACGCUGCUCUCCCUCAACUGCGAGGACCUCAUGCUUCAGCUCGUUCUCAGGUACCUUCUCCCGUGCACACACGUAAUGCUGAGUCAGCGGCGUGCGGUGCGGGAGACGGACAUCUACGGCAAGUCUGCGGACAAGUUCCUGUCGCUCAUCCCCGAGUGCUGUCGCAUCAGCACAGCGGCCCUCGGUGACCGGGACGACGAGCCCUUCUGGGGCAAAGUUCUAGGCAGCCCCACGGCCGACUCGCCAGCCCACCAGCGCCCCAGCACGCCGUCCCGCCUGGCCCUCUUCAUCCGCCAGCAGAGCGCCGGCUCGUCCCCCUCCCCGUCCUCCGUGGCGGACCCCACGCCCUCCUCCCCUCGCGUAGGCCACCCCUCCGCCCCUCUCUCCCCCGACAGCCCCAUGCACCACCACCACCACCAUCACCAACAAACAUCGGGCUCUUCAGACGUCCCCGAGGGGGAGUCGGGCUACCUGGAGUACCUUCGGGACGCGCGGCGGGGCAUCGAGCUCUGCUCCUGGGCCUGCCGUGACUGGUCGGCCCCUUACGACGGCGAGGACCCGUCCCCGAACCUGGCACCGCCGCCCCCGCCCCCUCCGACCAGCCACCCCAGCCUGAGCCUGGUGCCCGAGCAUUUCGCCCUCCAGGGUGGUGGAGGAGGUGGCUCUGCUGGAGCACCUGGUGCUGGAGGCUCGGCUGCAGGCAGCACGGGCCCACCAGGCGUCCCAGCACCGGGCCCAGGCUCGGGGGAGGCCGGCCAGAAGGAGCGGGCCGCAGUGGUGGCCGCCGCCCGGUCGGAGUGGAGCAGCCACGAGCGGGACAGCGGCGAGUGGGACGUCACCAUCACCAAGAACUGCAUCAGCCUGACGCCGCGCAGCAAGAAGCGCAGUCUGCAACGCGACCAGAUGCCCCUUAACACGGCGCCACUGCACCUGCCGCCGGCCUCGUCGUCCUCCGUGUCAUCGUCCUCGUCCUCGUCGUCAUCCUCAUCGUCGUCUUCGUCGUCAUCAACGUCUUCGUCAUCGGCAGCAACAGCAGCAGCUACAGCAAUGCCAGGCUCCGCUGUGCCCUCUUCCAACGCCAACGCCACCCCUCAGGUGGCACCACACCCACACCCUCACCACCAUCAGGCCCUGUUCAACGGCACGGGCCGGGGGGACAGCUGCACUGACCUGGCCGACGCGGGCAUGGAGGUCAAGAAGGUGAAGAGGGACGUGGAUGCCAACACCAGCACGGCGGCCGGUGGCUUCGGUGCUUCGGAUCUGGGCCAGAACGGGGCGGUGCAGCAGGUGGGGGCGCUGUGUGCCCCUGAGGCCUGCUUGCAGCUUCAGGGUGACUGCGGGGACCCCCACGGCGGAACCGGUGCCCUCCUCCAGCAAACGCCUCCGCGCGUCUCCUGCCAACCCCAGCCCGCCGGCCCUCCGCUCUCCCGACCGGCCCAGGAGCUGACCAACCCCAACCCAAGCCCAGACGAGGGCCUGCUGACGACGCAGUCACAAGCCCCUAAGAUGCUUCCAGAGGCUCCCGCUCUGGCCUCCUCCUCCUCCGUUUCUUCCUCCUCCCAUCCAAGCCGGGGGCUGGAGUCGGUGGAGAGCCUGAUCGAGGAGCUCCUGGAGCGGACGCCGGUGGCCGGAGGAGGGGCUGGGGACUCCUUCACCUCCUCCUCCAACGGCCAGGGCAUCAGCAUCGAGGCCUUCCACCAGGAGCUGAGGGAGCUGGAGGAGCGCGUCAGGGAGAGGCGGGCGGCCCAGCAGCAAGCCCUGGAGGACCUCACCACCACCACCACCAGCAGCUGUAGGGAGAUGAUGCCAGCGGCGUGUGAUGGCGACCCCAUAGAGGACGAGGCGUCGGGGCCACUGGAGACUGGAGAGGCCGCGUCCGGAGAUGCCAAGAUGGACAGCACGGUGGCUGGAGGGUUUUUCAGUCCCGCCAGGCCCAUGGGUCAGCCUGCUGCACCGCCAUACACUGGGCCCUUCAUGAUGGUGCUGUUUGCCAAGCUGGAGAACAUGCUGCAGAACUCUCUGUAUGUGAACAUCCUGCUGACGGGCAUCGUGUACCAGCUGGCCUGCUAUCCACAGCCCCUGAUCCGCUCCUUCCUUCUCAACACCAACAUGGUCUUCCAGCCCAGCAUCAAGUCCCUCAUACAGGUCCUGGGCACGGUGAAGAACCGCAUCGAGGUGUUUGCUGCCAAGCACGAGGACUUCCCGGCCAUGCUGCGCAAGGCGCGCCGCUUCCUGCUGGCGCGCGGCAAGCUGGACUGGAGCGACACGCCCGCCGGGUUACCCAGCCUGCGGCGAUCCGACUCCAUGGUAAAGAGCCGUAAGCCGUCGCUGGGCGACCUGAUCCUGCGCCACACCAACAGCCCCACGCGUGCCCGCCACGCCGCCCAGAUGGCCCUGGCGCACGUGCGCGACGGCGGCCAGUCGCUGCACAGCGCCCUGUUCCGCUCGGCCACGCCCUCCGCGUCGGCCUCCACGCUGGAGCGGCAGGCGGAGGCCCUGCGCGUCAAGAACGCCGUCUACUGCGCCGUGGUCUUCUCCGAGUUCCUCAAGGAGCUGGCCGCCCUGGCGCAGGAGCACGCCGUGGCACUGCCCUUCCCCCGCACCACCACCACGACCGCCACCGCCGCCAUUACCAGGGGAUCCGCGGCUGAGGAGUGACCCCUGGGAACACAACACACACACACACACACACACACACACACACACACACACACACACACACACACACACACACACACACACACACACACACACACACACACACACACACACACACACACACACACACACACACACACACACACACACUCACUCUCUCAACGCUCACACACAUGAAGAGAUACACACGUACCAUACGUUCCGACUGCUCUUCCCCCGCACUACUUCUACAACUACUACUACUACUAUCGCGGCCACCCGAGGGCCUGGGGCCGAGGGGUGAUACCCACCUGUCCAUACAGCUGCCAACGGGAGGGGGGGGGAGUGACCCUAGGGAACGCACACAAGGGAACAAUGCUCACAUAUAAAGAGAUGCACGUGUACCUUACUGACCAGGUGGGUCACUUCUCAGCACAGGAGCCAGGGGCUUAGGAGUGAACCCCUGGGGAAUGAAUGAACGCCACACACACACACACACACACACACACACACACACACACACACGUGGAGAUACAUGCGUGCUACACUGUUCUGGUGGGUCACUUCUCGGCGCAGGAGCAUGCCGUGGCUCUGCCCUUAUGUGGUACUACCACCACCGACAACGGAGGCCCCAGGGUUGACCCACCCCCCCUCCUGGAGUCAGCAGACAAGACACACACACACACAAUACAAACACAGAGAGAUACUCCUGUACCACACUGAUCUAAAAACGUCUGUUCCAUUUUUCAGCCACUAGAGGGCAGUGUCUAGUCUGAAUCCACAGAGCGAGAGGAAGGACUGUCGGGACCUGUUUUUGUUUUGUUUUUCUUAUUUGGUAUGUUGGUUUUAUUUUGUCUUUCUUUGUUUAAAAAAAAGAAAAACAAGAUUGGAUUGUAUGUGGAAUUUUGCAUAAAGGGCCCCACACAUCUGUGCAUAGCUGUGUACAUACCUAUACAUAGAAAGAGUAUAAAUAUAUAAGAUAUAUUAGAAUAUUUAUGUGUAUGACGGGUUUUUAUAUACACAGAGACUGUAAACAACACUUGACUGCGCAAUGGUGUUUUCCUGGAACCGGUCCUGACACUUUGUGUGUGUACUGUACACACACACACACACACACACACACACACACACACACACACACACACACACACACAAUCAUAUCUAAACACACUGUGCAACGCUCCGCCACUGUAGAACUUUAUUAUAGAGGCUCAGCAGAAUCGAGGAAUUAGAUAGUUGUUGUACACAUCCAGUGCACAGCUGGGCUCCCUCCAAGAAACCUUUAUUCUUUGCCUGAUAUCUAUCCGACCGAUAUCUGCCCCCCUCCCUCCCUUCUCCCCUCACAGUCUGAUGGACAGGAGACGGCACUUGAAUCAUGUUCUCAUGAUUUCUCCUCAUUGUUGUUUUUUUAAAAACGUGUUUUUAAAGAAGGAAGAAAAAAAACUAUUUGUCCUACUAAUGCAUCAAAAAGGAAUCACCUCUCAUCGGCAAAAGGACAAAGAAAUUCCACAGAAGAAGAAAAGGAAAUUUUGAAGAUAAAAACAGAAAGAAGUCAACCAUGCUGCGCCUCAGUUUUGGGUCCUCACCGCUGCAUAUCACCAGAGGAGACCAACACGCUACUACCAUGGCAUCUCAACUGCAACCUCUGACCCCCUGUGGCUUCCCUUGCCGUUGCCCUGGCAACAGCUGUCAUAGAUGUAAAACAAUUCAAUGCUACGUCCAGUCUCUUGGCGUGGGUUCUAUACAGGGUGCCGCCAUCUUUGUACAGGCUUCUGGGAGUUUUUCACCACAUCAGCAAAGGUAUUGGGUACGUUCCAUCAUCCAAACUUCCGUCCCAGCCUGUGCUUGUGGCCUUGCUCUUUGCUGUCAGCCAGCCAAGCCACAACUUUUGGGUGAUUUUUCCAAAUGAGAAAAUGGCCUUUGAAUUGCGCUUUUGCGAGAUAUUGAAUUUGAAUGAAACCUCUUCACAAGCCCACAAGCACAAGGAAGGACGGGAGUUAGGAUAAUGGAAGGAACACAUUGGCCUCGUUUACAUGAGAUGUUCAAUUCAGAAUUAACUCUUCUGGAUAAAAAAUCAUUCCGCUUUGAAGUCAUCAUAAACACUUCACAAUUUGGAAUUCAAUGAAAGUGCAAUGUAAACUCGGCAGAACUAUUUGAUUCUGAAUUAUUAAAUUGGAAUUAAAAACAUCAUGUAAGCUAGGACAUUGUCUUAUCAUCAUCUACUAGACUAGAGGAUGAUUUGCGUACCAUCAGGGGCCUACAGUAUACUAAGAAGCUGUAUAAGAGUCAUCCAGUUGAAGUUAAGCGGUAAGACAUCUAAUAGAAGAGCCUUGAGUCCUCAUGUUCUUAAGAAAAUAUGGACUCCAGACUCUUCUAUUUGAUUAUUUACCUCUUAACUUAAUCUGGUGUACUCCUGAACCAGCUGGUUAGUAUAAUUGUAGGCCCCUUGUCCUCCACCAAGAUGGCGGUGACCAGGAAUGACGUACUUGUUCCAACAGACAAUGGCAUCUGGUGUUCUAUCUCCAUGACCACCGGUGAAGGGAGCACACGGGUCAAUUGUCUCUGACCAUCUCGAGGACACACCUCCAUUUUCUAUCUUGUUUUUUAGAAAAAGAAAAGAAAAAAAGAUAUUUUUAAAUCAAUGCAUCACCUCAGUGGGAUGGCUGGAGUGUAUGGGAGAGUGGAGUGGAGUGAAGUGGAGUGGAGUGGAGAGGGGCAGGCGGCCCAAAGCCACCCCAAUGAUGAGUAGGAAAUAAGGGGUGUCACACCUGCUACCUCCUCCGUUUAUAUUGUUGCCGUCAUCUGUGAUCUGUUUUGGUAAAACAGCGAGGACGGAGAGAAGAGUAAACACUAAUGAAGCAAAGGCUUUGUUUUGUUAUCAUUUGUUUUUUUUUUCAUUUGUUUUUUUUUUUCAUUUUAACGGUUUGAUUUGAUUGUAUUUUCGGUGUUUUUUAUGUUUGAACACAUAUCAGCCAUGGAUGGGAGCUAGGCACUUUGUAUGAUAGCUUCUGCGUCGGUGCUAAGUGUUUGUAUGUCUGUGUAUGUGUGUGAGUGAGCUAUUGAGUGUGUGUAUAGGUCUAUGUGUGUUGUUCACAACAGAUCGAUGAGGUGUGCUUGUGUGUUUUGCAAGUAAUGGUGAGAGUACAUUGAGAGCAGACGCGAGCAGCACAUCAUGCUUUUCUCACAUGCUUACUUCUCCGGUGCACAUCUUCCAUUCUCUGUGGCACUGUGAUGGAAGGAUAUGGUUGCCGUGCGUGUUGUUGCUUUUGCUGUAUUUUCUUGAGAUGAUGAAGUAAAAGAAAGAGAGGGGUCUGAACUGUUUUCCCCAUCUGGUGUUCAACAGCUCAGUGAAACGGCGCAUCUGUUUCUGUGUCAUGAUUAAGGGGCAUGUGCAUUAUUAUUUUUCAAGAGCAGUGUUUGUAAGUCCUGUCUGUUUUGUUAUUCCCUUUCUUCUCAUUUCAAAACAGUUUGUGGUUUCUAUUUUGUAUUCGGUUCACAUGCUUAUAUUUCCGUCCCCAACUGUUAUCCUCAGUAUAUUUCUCUGGUCUGCAAGUGGUGAUUACGAUAUCUUAAGGCCCUGCAGUUACAGAGCAUGUGCCCCUCCGGACACCCAUGAGUUGGGCGACGCCUGUGAGUAGGUAGCCUAUCUGGCAGCAUGGCUCUGUGUUUUUUCACUUUGUUGCACAUCUUUUGAAGUUGGUGUCUGCGUUGAACAAAGGGCCUUUCAUGUUGCCGUUGUGGUCCAGGCUUUUUGGGGUGUAAAGGGUGACAAAGACCUUGGCGUUGAAAGGCUUGUUUGCUUGUUGCCUGGUCACCAGGUGGUUGGGAGACCAGUGAAGAGGCACAUGUCUGUGAAAACGUAUCGUUGCAGCCUAAGUGCUCUGCUGCAUUUUGUCUGCUUCUGGUUUCUCUAGGCCUUGUCACAACUCAUUGUUGGUGAGAGUGCACGGUUAUACAAUGGCUUCUGUUUCCAUUUGAAGCGUUCCGUUUCUGUUUGCGGUUGUCAACUAUGAACUGCCGCAACUAUGUUUUUUUUUCUUCUUUCAGAAAACAAAAAAGCCCAUUCACCAAUCUAUUCAAGCUGUUUUUAAAGCCAAUUUUUAGUCAACGCUUUUUGGGGUUUGUUUGGGGAGGGUUUUUUUGCAUGUGCCACUGAAUGUCAAUUAUUGGAGCCAUAAAUCAUAGAAGUUCUUACUGACCGUUAAUCUGUAUGGAAUGACCUAGAACCAAGUGAGGAGAGAGCAACUGAUGAAGCCAAAUCAUCUCUCCAUGAACGUUCCUUUUUCUUCUUCAGCUGUGUUGCCAGAUUCGGUGGUUUCCGGCCCAAUUGGGCUGCUUAGGAUAACCGUCUGCGGGUAAAAAAAAAAAAAGACAUUUGGGCGGGUUUUUCUGCCAAUUUAUGGCCAUGGACAUCAAUACAAAUGAGUUCAAAUUGGGCAGGAUUUAGUGCUUCCAGGCGGGAUUUGAGCAUUUUUUGGGGCUGGAAAUCACCAGUCUCAUCUGGCAACCCUGUUUUUGAGGUCCUCUUCCUCCUCAGUGAAGCCCUAUACAUUCCUGAGAGAGUGAAUGAGAGAGAAGGAAAGAAAGAAAGAGGAAUGUCCAUCCACCGAUCAGUUCCGUCCCCGCUUCUUUUUCCGGCGAUGAAAGUGGGCCGCUCAGGGGAACCCGACGUGUCUGAUUCUCUUGGAGAGAGGUCUACACUCUGGGGGUUUCUUUACACCUCUUACUCAGCUUUAGUGAUGUUAGAAAGUGCAGCCUGUCUGAAACCAUUUUAUUCCUUUAAUCUCUUUGGAUGUACGGUAGACAGAGAUAGGAUUGUGGGGGAGAGUGGUGAGGCUUAUCAUGGCUGUGUAUAAUGUGUUAAUGAAUAAUAGUGCCAAGAUUUUUAUUUGACUUUUUUUUUUGGGGGGGGGGUAUCCAGUCUAUGGAUGAAUAAUGAAUGGUCUUAAGCCAUAUUUUCCCAUGAUGGACUGACUGCCAUCCCCAUUGCUGCCCUGAAGCGGUACAGUACAGGCAUGAGAUGUGGACAGGUGUGUGUAUGUUUGUGUGUGAGGGUCCGGGAGUGUGCGUCUGAUGGUGUUUGUUUGUGUGUGCAUGCAUGAUCACUAGUUAUUAAGAAUGAUUCAGAGCUCCUGAGAAUAUUUUGAUACGCGUCUUGUGCACUAGAGCUGUCCCAAAGAGAAAAAAGGAUUACAUCUCUCAGUACAAACAAAAUAUUCUCUUCACUCAGUCCAAAGUGGAUCCAAUCUUUAAACCUUUUACUUGUAUUGGGUGCUUUUAAUUGUCACCAUUUUCUGUUGAUUCUAUGAUUGAUUUUUUUUUUUGUUCUGCUCAAGUGAUCAAUUUAAUUGAUCUUUGAAAAUUGUGUUGAUAAAUUUGUAUUGUGUAUGAGAGUAUGCCAACAGACAUAUUGUUUGUUCAUUUUUUUUUAAUAAUUUUAUUUCACAGUAUUAAGUGUUUCUUUUUUUGUUGCCGUUUGCUUUUUUCCUGGUUUUCUCAAUAAGGAUGUGUCUUUUUUUUUUAAAGGAAAUAAGAGGUGUCUGUCUCUUGGAGAAAAAAAAUCUAUGCAAAACAUGCUCCUGGUUUUCCACCACCACCACUGCAACAUGAGAAGGCCUGACAGUGUAAAUAAUGUAUAAAGAGGCACCAGGAGGCGGAACAUCUGAAACCAGAGACAAAUUAACAGAAUCAAUAGGACUGAAUGGAACACAUGCAAAGUAAUGAAUGUUAGAAAUAUUUUUCUAUCUUUAAAAAAAAAAGAAAAGAAAAUCAUGUGGAGAGACUAAAAUGACAAAGAAGACGGAAAGCUGAUACAACUUUUUUGAGGUGAAAGCUGUAAGAAACACUAAAAAAAGGGAAUGUUUUUAUUAAUUUAUAAAUGUUUUAACUGGCAAUA